AUGGUGCCUGUUCCAUCCCGUUAUUCAUUGGAUCAGCAGGAUAUACCCAUCAGUAGUAGCAUCAACUCAUUUCAAUCUUACUAUUCUGCCGCUGCAGACACCAGCAGCCAGAAUCUACGGAUACCAUGGUCUAGUGACAAAAGUCAUUCUACAUGCACACCGAAUGAAGAAGUAAUAAGAACCCCGCUGUGUUACUAUGGAUCUUUGGAGGAGCUUUCCCGAUCGCAGAGUUCUUACUUGGACACAUUCAGUGAAUAUGAAGUGGUGCUGGAUGACGGGACGAGACAAAAGCGAUCAGUGUCACUCACCACCAUACCUACGUUGCGAUUCGACAACUUUUGCGGUUUUGUGACAAAAGGCGACAGACUAAUGGAAGGGGAAGACGAAAUAUGGUCCGCUUCCAAGGUGGCACGACCAAAGGCACUAUUACAAAACGAGGCACACACGAUUGGGGAAACCACAGCUCUCUUAUCAGACAGACUCCAAUCCGAUUCCGAUUCCGACCAUGCCUCUACUCCCAUCAUCCACAGUAAUCACUCCAAGCCUCCGCGUCGGAACCGCCAACGAAGACACGGAAUUGUCAAAAUCAAACAAUGGUUCCAGAAAUGGCAAUUGUCCUACAAGCAAAAGAUGGUCCUGAAAUGCAGCACGGCCUUCAUGCUUAGCUCCCUCUUCACAUUCGCUCCCUUUCUGAAUGAUCUGAUUGGUGGACCGAACAUUUCGAGCCACGUUGUUGCCACUGUCACUCUUUUUUUCAAUCCAUCGAAAUCCGUAGGCGACAUGAUCGAAGCCGUUGCCUUUGCUCUCAGCUUUACGGCGGCGGCUAUGCUGUUUUCCACACUGAGCAUGUUGCAUGCGAUCUAUUUGCGAAGUCAAGAACGGUAUUGGACUUCGUGCAUCGUGACACUGGGGUUCUGGUUGGCUUCUAGCACAUUCUUUGUUUCGUUCAUCAAAGCACGUUACGCUAAACCGAGUAUUGCGUCAGCUUGCGGUAUUGCUUUUAUGAUUAUUUUUCCUGUGAUUGUGCGCGAAGGACCGGCCGAUCGGACCGAUUUCGAUCCAUCCAUCAUUCAGGAAACUUUUAAAACCGUUAUUCUAGGCACCACCAUCUCUGCUGCUGUGUGUUUCUUUAUGUGGCCCAUGACGGCAACGAAUAAAUUAAGAAUAGAGAUCGAUGAAACACUGACGUCAAUCCGGGUGCUUCUUAAAUUGUUGACUAAAACGUUUUUGUUGGAUGCCGAUCUACCGGAUUUUACUGCAAACAAAAGUCUCGAAAAUGCCAUCAAUGCCCACUGUAGCAGUUUCACGGCGCUUCAGACCUCGUUUCAAGAUGCGAAGAAGGAGUUUUUCCACUUGGAUAUGUGGCGUCACAGCCAUGAAUACGAGACAAUUAUUGACAGCCUGCAACGAUUGGCGCAACAUGUUGGAGGUCUGCGAAGCAGUUGUGGUCUUCAGUUCGAGCUGUUGAAUGAUAACAAGCGGAAACAUCGAACUAUGCACAAAGUGACCAAGGUGUGGAGCGUGAAAGCAGAUGACCAACGUCGCCGGUUGGAACAAGAACUACGCUGUGAUCAAGCCGAUUCUCCUACGCACGACGACAACCCGGCUUUCCAUCCUUCUGAUAACGCUAAAUCACCGCUGAAUCGGUCCUCCCGUGAUUACUUUUCAAAAAUGGAUGAUAGCGAAAAACAUAGCGCCCUUGGCCAGUUUAUACGCACAGUGAAACCUCCCAUGAAAUCACUGGCUUAUACUUGCAAACAAACGAUAUUGCAUCUUCAAGCCAGAUUCUCAGGACGAACAACGCCGACAACACCUUCAUUUAGCCUGUUGCGGCAAAACUUGGCGAUGGCCAUUGCCCUUUUCGAAGAAUCGCAACACCAUGCUCUUACCAGAAUGUUUCGUCGAAAAAUGUAUCAAAAUGCCAAAGGUUAUUUACCGGGCGAACUCCAUUCUCAACUCAUGACACAGUUCCCGGCAGAUGAUGUGUAUUUGGUGUACUUUUUUGUUUUUUGCUUGCUUGAAUUCGCAAAGGAACUGAUGGUGCUGGUUGAAUCCGUACAAUCCGUGUUUGAGCCGGCGAUGAAAUCAGACAAACGUGGCUUCUGGCUAUGGUGCAAUGCCAUCUUUACCGGCGCAGGUAAUUAUGGUAUAAGCAAGGCUGAUGCAUCCAAACCGCUCAAUGGCUAUGUUCCCAACAACAACAAUACGCUCAAUACAUUGCAUACACCGGCUCCAACCACAUCUUGGCGAAAGUUUGUAUUGCAGUUGUGGAGUUUUUUCUCUUGGUUUCGACAGCAUAAUGUACGGUAUGCGGCCAAAUCUAUGUUGACAGCCAUCGCCGUAUCCUCUAUCGCGUUUAUACCGGCAACUCAACCUUAUUUUAUCUCGCUUCGUAUGGAAUGGACGCUUAUCACAGUCAUGGCAGGCAUGGCACCUACCGUGGGCGGCACCAACGUAACAGCAGUUUUGCGUGUCUUUGCAACGAUCGCUGGGGCGAUUAUGGGUUAUAUCGUAUACAGUUUAUUCCCAGCAAAUCGAUGGGUGCUUUUCACCUUUACAUGGCUAUUUACCAUUCCCUGUUUCUGGAUGAUGCUUUAUCAUAAGCACGGUCGGUUCGGCAUGUACGCGCUUUUGACUUACAGUUUGGUCGUGCUUCACAAAUUCAACCAUCGAGCCGAUAAUACAGUGGAUAUUUUUGAAUUGGCAUGGAUGCGAUGCGCUGCAGUCUCGGCUGGUGUUAUUAUUGGACUCAUUGUAACGACUUAUAUCUGGCCGUAUGAAGCGCGUAAAGAGCUACGAAAAGGUUUAUCUGAUUUGCUGCUCAAAUUAUCGUGGCUUUACAAGCAACUUGUGUCUGAAUAUUCGGAAACCGACAAGACCAACUACGAAAUGCUGAUCGAGCAAGUGUUCAACGUCCAAUAUGCCGGCAGCGACCCCACAAAGGAAGAGAUCGGCGCUCUAAUCGCUAGAAACAAGAUUCGUACAGCGCAAUUUCAAAAGGUGGAGUUGGAUCUGCAAGUCAGUCUUGUGGAACUUCAUGGACUUUUGGGUCAUGCUAUAAACGAGCCGCGCCUCAAGGGAAAGUUCCCACAAAAAACAUACGAAGCAAUGCUCCAGUCCUCUCAGAAUAUUCUCGACAAGUUUCUUUCCAUGCGAGUGGUUAUACUGAAGGAUGUGUGGGCGUUCCAGGUCCGCCGCGAUUUCGUGUUGCCUGCAAGCAAGGAGCUGAUGGAAAUGGCGGGAAAUGUGUUGCUUUAUUUCUAUCUACUGGCUUCCGCCCUGCAACUCAAGACGCCGUUGCCGCCGUAUAUGCCACCGGCAGAGAAAGCACGUGAAAUGCUGAUGAUGAAGCUACAAGAACUGUCACGAGCGAAAAUGACGCCGACCGCUGCCAAAGACGAAUGUUACAUGGUUUAUUACGCCUAUGUAGCGAUCAUGGAAAGCAUCAUUCAGGAACUAGAAAAGCUUGGGCAACACAUGAAAGAUCUCUUUGGAACUCUCGUACCCGCCGAUCAGUGGGCGCGCUGUUUUGGGAUGCUCGAUUUAGAGCAGUGUAACGAUCUCAAAUAA